CAGACUUACUUGAUAUAUAUAGACAGAGACAACAGCAGAAAUACUUUUAGGUCAGAAGCAAGCCCAAAUUCAAAUGAUAAGAUAUGGCUGUGGAAUUUGGGGACAACACGACCCUGACAGAAAGCAAACAGGUCAGGUCAGGGAGGGCCCUUGCACAGAGAGGCAUUGAGAAGAACUCAAGGGUAGGAGAGAAAGGACAAUGGUUUGCUGAAAGCCGGUGCUGCAGUGAAUUCACUGAUUUAGUUUCACUUAGUAGAAGCGCUCCACAAACCUGCACAAGAAAAAAUAAGCCGCUGAGCUAAAAAGAACGUAGAAUUUUCAUGUUGGCUCAGAAGUCGAAUCACUUACUAGCUGAUAUCAUGGAAAUAACGAUUGCCCAGGUUUAGAAAAGCUCACAGCAGGCAAGAAUACUUCCAGACUCCUGCCACAGUAUCAGGAGGUGUCAAUCACCACUGUGAGCUUUUGUACAGUGCUUGGUGGAGAGAAUAAGGCUGCUAUUAUAAUGAGUUUAUCCUGGAGUGAUCCCAGCACAUAAAAUAAAACAAUAAUAAUAUCAUAAGCCAGUUCUGCACUUUGUCAUGUAGAUAUGUUUCCUGCCCUGCCUCCCAAGAGGGCAUUUGGCAAUGUCCAGACAUUUUUGAUUGUCACAGCGCGGGGGGAAGGGUACUAACAGCACGUGGGGAGUAAAGGCUUCCUAGGAGCACCGCCGGCCCUCUGAGACCUCCGUGGUGCGAAGGGUAAGAAGCUCUGGACCAGAGGAGGCGACUGCAUUCGUGGCAUGAGGGGGGUUUGCUCACCUCCUGUUUCUGAGCUCCCCACUCCCCAAAUAACAACUCUCAGGUGUCUGCGCUACUGGAGGGAGAGGUCAUUAGAAGGCCUAGAAUAUGAACCAGCUAGAUCGCACUGUUUAUUUUCCUUCUCAUUUGAAAACAGGCGAUCCUCCUGUUGCUUAGGUAUUAGGUCCCUUCGGAUGUCACCGGCAUCCCCAGGCUUUUCUGACACGCACCAAUCGAAACCCCCUCUCGGGCGCCCGGGUUUCUGAGCCUCUCCCCUCAGCCACGUGCGCAGUGCCCUGGUGGUGGCAAGAGCAAAACACCGCGGGAAUGUGGCGUCUUCCCAACGUCAUUUAUUUAGUUUAGAUGAGGAAUUUUGCUAUUUAAGAACCGGAAAGUUGCAGAUUCCCAGAAGCUGGACGUCGGACGAAAGAACAUUUGUAAACGAGGGAAGUUCAUCACGUCGAGUUUACACAGAAGGAAUGCCUGUCUGGGGCGGUGGAAACAAGUGUGGGGCCUGCGGGAGCACCGUGUACCACGCCGAGGAGGCCCAGUGUGACGGCCGCAGCUUCCACCGCUGCUGCUUUCUGUGCAUGGUUUGCAGGAAAAAUUUAGACAGCACAACAGUGGCGAUUCACGAUGAAGAGAUCUACUGCAAAUCCUGCUACGGAAAGAAGUAUGGACCAAAAGGCUAUGGUUAUGGCCAGGGCGCGGGCACGCUCAACAUGGACCGCGGGGAGAGGCUCGGCAUCAAGCCCGAGAGUGUUCAACCUCACAGGCCUACAACAAAUCCAAACACUUCUAAAUUUGCUCAGAAAUACGGAGGUGCUGAGAAGUGUUUCCGAUGUGGGGAUUCCGUAUACGCUGCCGAGAAGAUAAUUGGAGCUGGGAAGCCCUGGCAUAAAAACUGCUUUCGAUGUGCCAAGUGUGGGAAGAGUCUUGAAUCGACAACUUUGACUGAAAAAGAAGGUGAAAUCUAUUGUAAAGGAUGCUAUGCUAAGAACUUUGGGCCCAAGGGCUUCGGCUAUGGCCAAGGAGCAGGGGCUCUCGUUCAUGCUCAGUGAAGAUGAAAACCCAGAACUAAGCAUCGCCCACCGAGAAUCUCUUCAUACUCUAGGCACAGAUCUUGUACCACUAAACUACUGUGAAAUUCCACCAGCAUUUUAUGGUUACCCUGUUCCUGGAUAGGCUGGCUAACUUGUAGGAAGAGAGCACUGUAUCCUUUUGCUUUAUUUUCCAGCGUUUUUAAGAACCAUUUCUUUUUAAAUAAAACUUCAGCUUGA